AUGGAGUACUUCUUCAAGGCUGGAAUUUGCAUCUUGGCUACCAAGGAUCUGGACAGCGCCUGCCGCAAAAUUGAGCGAUACAGGGAAAAGGACCCCUCGUUUGGCGGUCAGCGCGAGUUCCAGCUCUUGUCAGACUUGAUCGAGGCUGUGGAGGCGGGCAACCAGGAGGUGUUUACGGAUAAGCUCUAUGCCUACGAUCAGAUGAGCCGAUUGGACAAGUGGAAGACGGAGCUGCUGGUCAAGAUCAAGAACCAGAUCGAGGAGGCUGACAACGAGUUCUCGUAA